AUGANGGCGUCUUUGGUUUGGAGUGCCUAUCAGGUUCUGUUGGUUCCUUCUUUGAGGAUUCCGGUUCCGUUUGAGACUUCGCUUAUAGUGCAGUUUAUUCAUGUUCAUGGGUCUGAAGGUAACGACGUGCAUGGUCUGGACUGGAAAUCGAUUGAGAGAACGUUUAUGGAUGAGGUUAAUGAUGGGGGUUUGUUGUUGGGUGAUCAGGCAUUGAGGUUUAAAACUUAUGAAAUCACUUUCUCAGACUGUCCGAUCUGUUCUUUUGCAAUUUCACGCUCAAUGAAUUCUUACACUACGAGGUUCUUGUUUGAUAAUUAUACUUUGGUAGUCAGCGAGUAUUUGGACUCGAAGCGUUUGCAUCAGAUAUUGUCUGAUUCUGCGGAUCAAUUGAGGAGCGCCACAGGUAUUCGGGAGGAGAAUUUCGGUAGGGUUCUUCCGGUUUAUGUUUUUGAUUUGGACUUUGAUAGGCUGAUGUUGCUUGAUCGGUACCACCAGUCGGUUGCUUUUAGAGAUAUGGUCAUUGCAGUGAGGACAAGGAGUAGUCGGACAGUGAUUGAUUAUGCCUGUAAUGGCCGUCAUGUGAUCACACAUACUAGGGAACUUGAGAGAACCCUUGUUGGUUCGAUUCUCCAGAGUAUGUGGGGAGUGUCACCAACCCAUCUGUUAUGGAGCCCUAGACAUAAUAGCACUCUGGUGGAUUAUACCUGGAGUGUUGGCCAGACCCCGUUUGGGCCAUUUUCGGAGAUUUCAUCUUUGUCAUUCGUGCAGAAGGAUGCUGCCCGGAGAAAUGUCCUCCUGACAUCUCUGAAUUACACUAUUACGAGUGCACUUGAUGUGCUUGAUUCAAUAUCUGGACAUGGUGCGGAGAAUCUGCUAAAACAGAAUCGACAUGUUGAGUUUGUGCAAAGGUGGAAUUUGUUCAAGUACAAAUUGGAUAAAGCUGUUUCUGCAUUGUCUCAUUUGGACUUCGAGAUGGCUCUAUAUUACUUGAGGUCUUCUGACCAUGACUUGUAUGCGAUCCACUCACUUGUUUAUUAUGCGUCACAAGAACUGGAAGCCUCUCUUGUUUGCUUCAAGGAUCCUCCAUUUCCAUGGGCUUCAGUAUCCAUGGCUGGGUUAUGUUUCUGUUCUAUCAUAUAUGUGUACUCCAAAAGAGAAAAGCUCUUUAAAAGCAAAAGAAAGCAGUUUUGAUGCAUCUAAAGAGUGUGAUUUUGUACCAAUUGGACAUUUUAUGACCAUGUUCAUGUCAUCUUGUGACAGAGAGGGGUACAUUGCCAAUUAAAUAACAGGUACUUUAGUUUGGUCA